AUGCAUGUUGUAGCGGGCGCGCGAGAGAGCGGCACGACUGCGCCGACCGCCGAAGGAAUGCGACAGGUAACCAAUUCCAGGAAGGCCGCGGCCCGUUACCGCGCCGAAUAUCUCCGGCAGUCAAACGCGCCGACAAGUGCGGCGGCCACUUGCGACAACACCAUCCGAUGCGGCCGCCGCCCCGCGCCCGCGCACCUCCCUCCCCGCGUCCCCACACCUGCAUUCCACACGACAUUGAGUUAG